ACACCUAAGGUCCUUAUUUUGGACCCCAGGCAAACAUCGUAAAUCCGUUUUGUGCCCCAUGCUUUUGAAGAAGUUUUAGUUUGUGGUGUUUGGGCUAUUAUUCAUGUUUUUGCCUGUUAUUUCACAUUUUUCAAGUCCUGGGGUGUCUUUAAGUUGGUACCAUGAUGCCCGGAGAGAAUCAGGCGAAAACUGCUGGAGUUGCUCCGGACGGAACGGCUGGAACUUGUCAAAACUGCGCUGUGUUGAAUGAGACGCUGCACGAAUACAUGACCUCGUUUUUGGCACUCAAACAGAAGAUAAUCGAAACGGAUAAAAUUCUGAACGAGUUCAAAGAGAAAUGCGAUGAGCUUCAGAAAACGCAGAGGGAAAAUACUGAACUACACAGUCAUCUAGAUGAGUUGCUCCUAAACAUGGCUCCUUUUGACAGCCUACACAAGGACAAUGUGUGUAUGCAAGAGGAACUGCAGAGAACAAAGGGCUUUCUGAAGCGAUGCCGCGAUGGUGCGGCAGACCUGAGGAGCAGGGACCCUGAGGCCCCGACUUUGAAGGACCGGAUCAUUUUUCAACUUAAAAUUCUGCAAGACUCAAAUCUCAAGCAAAGCACUGAAGUAACCUUGCUCCAGAAAGAAAAUAAAGCCUUGGAGGGUAAACUGCAGAAAACACAAGAAAAGCUGGACAAACUGGAAAAAGAAGCAAAUAAAGAAAAGAUGAACACUGGAGUGCAAACAGAAAGGAAAGAGCUAUGCAGCACAGUGGUACAGACAGACGUGGCGGAGAGGAGCAGCACAGCUGUGCAGACGAACGCCAUACAUAAGAGCAGUGCAGUGGUGCAGACUGACCCUACAGAAGAGAGCCUGAUGGAUCUAGGGAAAAUCAGACAUCUGGUAGCAGGCCUUUGGCACAGCGUGCAGCCACAGUCACUCUCCGAAACACCCCUCCUACCUGGAUCCUUGAUGUGUCGCUCUCCACUGGUGCCAUCAUUAAGUCGGUCUAUUGUUCCAGUAUCCAAGGAACGUCUUCAUAUGUCACCCGUGCGUCCGUCUCCUGCCACUUUGCCAAGAUCUUCUUUCAGGCCACCCGCCCUCCGUAAGGAAAGCCUUUUGUCAGCGGAUGAGAUUUUGGACUUGUUCAGAUUGCUGCCGCCUCUACUCUCACCUGUGCACAGCCCUGUUGAUCAGAGGAGUGGUGUGGAUGAAGACUUGCAGUUAUCAGAUGAGGCGGAAGAACUCCACACAUUCAAGGAGGAAGACAUGAAGGAGGCGGCGGCGGCGAUGGCGGCAUCGGUGCUGCUUCUCUCGAACGGCCUGAAGGGGAGCGGUCAUGUCUGCUCCCCCGAGUCCCCCCCUGAGGUGAAGUUCCAGCAGUCUUCCCCCACGGCCACACAAGAUCAAACCGCCCAAGAUCAAACCACAGACCGGAAAGGAGAAGCCGUCCGCCUCCAUAUUUCCAAGAACGGAAAGAGCAAACGGAGUCCGGCCCCCACGCCAGCGACGUUCGAGUUUCCUGGUAAGAAUGAAGGAUGCGGGGAAGAGAAGGCAGCCGUUGAUGAGGUCAAGGAGUCAGAGCUGGAGAGGGAUGAGGUGAUGCCUUCAGCUGAGGUGUGCAGUGACCUCAUUGCUGACAUGGAGUGGGACCCCUCUCCUGUGGACAGCUUGUCAUGUAGGAACAAAAACAGACUGGAAGGCGCUCACAGUGAAGGCGCUCACAGUGAUGGUGUUGUUGAGCCGCCUACAGACCCACAUCAUAGCUCUGGGUUAGAUGUUGCAAAUGGGGACGGACUCUCAGAGGCCAAAGUGGAUAACACUGAAGCUGAACCCAGUCCUCUGAAAAAUAGCCCUGCUACACUUGAGAGUGUAAAGGAUAAAGAGGUGGUGAUGAUGAUGUGCAAUGGUGGGCUGCACGAGGAGCAAAUGUCACCUUUAAAACCUUCUUUGACAGACUUUGACGCCAAAACUCUGAAACCUCAAGUCAAAGAUCAGAUUAUGGAGAUCGGUAAGAGAUGCACUGGUGUGGCCCUGAGGUCAGAGUCGUUGAAUGGGGUACAGAACGCUCAUGAUCAGAACCAUAAUGAUGUCGUGAAUAUGGUGUCUUCUGGGGGGGACAGAAUGGACAUGAUGAGAAUCAUCGUGACCAUGAAUUCUGGAUUAAGAGGACGGAAGCAGAAUCCCCACAAUCAUAUUGAUGACGUCGUGAAUUCAGCUUCGAGAGCAGAGCUGCAGAAUGGCCAGCAUCAGGCACCCUCUGAUGAGAUCAGAAACGCAGAUGUGUCUAAGGAGGCGUGUGAAGGUGGUGGGCAGAAACCCUCAGAGGAUGGGUGUGUGGACACCGAGUCCUCCGAGGACCUGGACUACCUUGGUCUCCAGCGCAAGGUCCGCGUGGCCCACUCGCGAAAGGAGACCCAGCAGUCCGCUGGAAGCAUUAACGGCUCCUCGGAGAAGGAGGAAUCAAAGUCCAAACCCUCAAAGGAUCUUCCAGGUAGCACAGACAUUAAAACGCCAACUCCAAGUCCCAUGGCUCAGGGUGAUGUGGAAACCCGUUCUGACAUUAUGACAGAGCAAAAUAGAAGCAUUGAUCAGUCAUGUUCGAGGAUAGGAGAUGCCUUAACAAAUGGCCUUAAUGCUCCUUCGGCUCUAGAAAGCCAAGAAGACACGCAGCCUGAGGUGGAACAGCAGACGCCAAAGCUACGUCAGCGAAUGCAAGACCAAUCCUCCAGACACAUGCAAAGGGACAACUCCUGUGUGCCUAGAAUUGAAACUCCAAACAGGCCUGUUCUCACCAAUGGCACUUCCACACUCAGGCCCUUUGCAGAUGGUGCCGUCCAUACCAAUGGAUUUGGAGCCUCUGAUCCUCCAUUAGAAGAAGGGGGCAGCUACACUAGGGUCAAAGGCCUGGGGGAGUCCCCUCGGCCGGUUCCCAUGAUGUCUCUCGCAGAAUCUCUUCAGAGCAUUCGCUCGAUGAUGGGCCCCCCUCUCCCCCCUCUACUCCUCCCUCUGUUGGGGACCCCUCCCAAGUCCGUGAGACUGGACCACCCAUCGAGACCCGCGUCUGGACACGUGAUGGCCCGCUCGACACAGGAUUGCUCUGACCACCCCGCUGCUAUGCUCUCCGCCAACACAGCACUCCGGAAUGGCCCCCAGAAGAUUUCCUUCUCCCCCGCCACCACCACCCCCUCCCCCUGCAAAGGCGUGCCCUCUCCCCUGCAGUUCGGCUCGGCCACCCCCAAACAUGCCGUGCCGGUCCCCUGCAGGCACCCCGUGUCCACGCUGAACCCCAUGUCUCCCGCCGCCGCCCCGGCACAAGAGAACUCCAUGCAGAUGCUGGACUCCAUGUACCCAGAGCUGUCGGCUCAGGCUCGCACGCUCAACAUCCUGCGCGGGAACGUCAGCCUCGCCAGGCCCGUGCCGGAGCCCAGCACGCCCCCGCAGACCGCCGGCAGUCACAUGUCAUCCGGCUUCAACUCGGUGGCGACAGCCUUCACCAAAACCCAGCAGACAGGGAAGAGGGCCGGGAACAACGUGCUUUUGCCAAAGAGUGCCAAAAAGUUACGGUUAGGUGGCUCGCCUGUUCCCGUUAACACAAGGCCGCCGUCAGACCUCGCCAUGGAGCUCCCACAAGGCGGCAGGGAAUCUAAAGAUCCGCAGACCCGAAACGGCUUACACAUCGUAAAGAACGAGACGAUUGUUCAGGUGGACAAUACAGAGAGCAGCAAAGAAUGUAUAAUCUCUCAGGCACUGACAACAAUAGGAAGCUCUUGCUUUGAUUUGCUGGUAGUGGUUAAAAGUCACGUAUCCAUCAAAAGGAUCUCAUUAGUUCCCAUACUAAGAGAUGAAGAGAAGGAGGUGGUUUCCGAUUUCUGCACGAAGCAUAAGUCUUUGACGGAGGACUUCCUGUCGGCCAUUUUGGCUCAACUGAAGGCAGAGCGGACGACCUUGGGUGGGGAUCACCUCCAGAGCCUCUGUCGAGUCUAUACUGCACUGUGCCGCCAGAACAAGGAUCGGCUCAAGGCAAACACCCUGGCCUACAGUCUCCUGAAAGAAGACUUCCAGGACGCUGCCAAACUCAUCCUCUUCAUGGUGACCUCAUGGCCCAGCCUCCUCUCUUGUGGGAGUGGCCUGUGCAAAGCCAUCCAUGCCGUCGCCCAUAAAAGGGCAGAGGGGGAGGUGCUCCGCUGCCUCACCGCCUACCUCCAUUGGGACACGAACCCACCCUGUGGCAUACCUAAGCUGAUCAGUAGCACACUGUGGACACUACGGACAAGGGGGGAAAUGCAGUUUCAGCAACACAGUCGCCAUGGUUACGACCUUUGCUCUGCCUCGUGGGAAUACAUCUUCACUCUUGACCUCCUGUGUGCCUAUCAGAAGUGGAUGUGGACGCAUGACAACGUCAUCCGGAAGGAGCUUUGGCCCAUAAUGAAUGCCUGGGUGACCCAGUCCCGGUCACAGAAGGGCCCAAUCCAGGACGUGACCGUAGCCACUGUUCUCAAACUGAUUGGGAGACUGGGGCAGCAGGGCAUAAAGGAGAAAUACUCUACGGCGGUCUGCAAGAUUGCCACAGUCAUCAACAUGUUUGGCAGACAAGCACAAUCAGAAGGAGUGCCAUGGGAAGUGCAGUUAGCAGCGGCCUAUGCCAUAUACGACCUGUCGCCUAGCAACCCCAAAGAAGCACUGGUGGCACUGGCGGAAUGGCGUGGGGAGGCGUCAGAGGGCGUGCCCCCCGGGAUCACAAGCUGCCUCACACAGAUCUCCUCACUCAGCAGGAAGGUCUCGCCCUGAGACACACACACACACACACACACACACACAUAUUCACAGACUUUCAAUAACCCCUUUCAUAGCACCUCGGACUUUAGAGCAUUUUCAUGUUGAAGUUUGUUCUGUUUUUUUAGUUUUUUUUUGGUUCUGUUUUUAAGCAUGCUCGGCUGGGAACCUGGAUUCCUUCAUGAUCUAAUGCGGGGUCCGAAACUUUGUCUUUGUAAAUAUGUCUUUUGUAAAGUUGUCUUUUGUAAAUAUACUGAGAAGAACCUUAUUUGUGUAAAUUAAAUUCAAAACCUGGGUCACUGUAGUGAAGUAACAAGGAGAUGUCCAACUUCCCAUAAUAAAAUUUCUAACUGCUUUGUACUGUGGAUCGGUGUGCCAAGUCCUACUUGAUGGGGUGAAGAAGGAAAAAGUUCUCUGAAAUGAUAAGCAUUAAAUAAAUGUUAAUGCCCUGCAGCAUCUUUAAAGUUA